AAUAGCUGAUGGGCUUUUGAUUACUCACGAUCUUUCAUCGAUGAUUACCCAUCAUGAAAGUUUCCACCAUUUUUGAAUGCAUGUGGAUUCAAUGUCUGACUGUGUGAAUUGUGAAUGACAACGAGUUACGCACGGAAAUUUUAUUAUCAAGUGAAACUUUAUCGGGCUAUUGUUUCUCAAAAUAAUUAAAUAAAAAGAAAAGGCGAUAUGGCUGCCAGUGGCAAAACGGGUUCGGCCCUUGCUUCGACUGGCAAGAUCGUCAAACCGGGUCAAACUCGUCCAACCAGUGUCACCUCGCAAUCUUCUAGAAGGGCGCAGACGACGCUGACGUCAGCGUCGCGACGUAAUGGCGCAUCAGCACCCGUACUGCAAUCGCGGAAGUCCAGCCUAGUGUCUACCACCUCAACUACAUCCGUCAACAGCAGUAGUCAGCAGAGAGGCUUGAAACUUCGUCCUCACAAUCAAUCCGUCUUGCCUGUUCUUUGUGUCUACUCGGACCAAAAUCAGCUGGUUCGCAAGGAACAAUUUCGCGCCCCAGCUCCUGCUUCAAAUCAAGCCAAAGUUCAAACCAGGCACAACAACGAGAACGUCCAAGCUCCCCGCUCAUCCGUCCCCAGCAACUCAUCCGGUAGCCAGAUUCCGGUAGCAACGCAGGCCAGGGCCAUUCAUAUGAAAUCGACGAUUUCAUCGACUGCUCGUGUGGGCAACGCCAACAACAACAGCAUCAGUAAUAAUGGGGCCAAACGCUCCAAAAUGACCGUUCCGCGUUCCAAUACAAUGAAGGUCCCGCAGCCCGUUGCAGCGCCGCCGUCAAACAAUAAAAGCAAAGGAAUUGAGAAAGUGAAUCGACGCCGGAAUGAGAAGAGCGUUCCGCCGCUUCAAUCCCGUAAAGCGGAAAUGACAAGUGGCGUCUCCUCUUCCUCUGUUGGACCGAACCAAAACAAACCGACGGCCAAUCCCCAGCUUCCUGGCUUGUCGGGCGCCCGUCCAACUACCACUAGCAGUAGUACUAGUAGUAUUGCCGACGGGUCGGUGCGUGGUUCAGUUGCCGCUCAGCCUGCCUGUCGAGUGGAGUCGACCAACAACGUGCUCCCGUUGGCUCAGCGUCCUUCAACCGUUACUUCUCUACCUUGCAACGCUAGCAAGAAAGUGACAAGCGCACGGAACCAUUCCAAACCGGCUCGCAUCUCCACAAGCUGCGUUUUUGCUCCGCCUCGUCCCUUUCACUCGUCCGUUCGUGCGCUGGUGGCAGAUAACCCCGACCCCAAACUCGACGAGUCUCAAGGAUCGCCAGCCGUCGUCGCCAACCAUCAUGGCCCGCUACUUGUGGAUGGCGCCGUCGCUGCCGGACUAGCCGACGCCACCGAUACGUCUUCAGUCUGUGACAGAGACACUAAUUACGUCGUGUUUGACUAUCCUGAAGCUUUGAAGGAACCGGAUCAUUACAGUCAAGUGGUUGUGGGCGAACGAGAAGAAGAGGUUAAAGAGUCACCGCUGUUAAAUCAACAAGAUCACGACGUCAUGGGCACUUACCCGGAUACAGUCGGAUACAGUUCCGAAAAAUCGACCGAUGACGCCAGCUCUGCUGCUGACGUUCCACAGCAACACGCGAAAGAAGAUGAUCUCCUCGAUGACUUCUUUAAAUUUGUUUCCAACGAAAACCUGAGAAAAGUGACGGUUGUGAAGACAGUUCAAGGCCUGGGUCUGAGCGUGACUGGAGGCGUCGCCUCCUCUGCAAUAGGCACAGCGGGAUUUUCACCGCCAUCGACGCUCGACGCAGCCUUUGUCGCAUGUUCCUGGCCAGGAUUGAUUCGUAUCAAAAAGAUCUUUCUCCACGGAGCCGCCUGGCAAACGGGUCAGCUGGCUGUCGGUGAUGUUUUGUUGGCCGCCAAUGGGCAGCCGCUUACCGGCUGCACCAACUAUGAAGCCUUGGAGGUGUUGCGCUGUUCGCCGCGUGAGACUCACCUUUUGGUGUGUCGCAUCCCGUCUGAAACGGCAGAGAAGAUGGGCAUUCACCCUCCCGAGACGCCCACAGCCUCAUACUCUAGUCAUACUAACUGGCUCUCACCUGUGUUGACUCUCAGCACGCUAGGCGAAUUUGAAAUUAGCAUGACCAAAGUGAAUGGCAGCUUGGGCUUUACUUUGCGGAAAGAAGAUGAAAGCAUUUUGGGACAUUAUGUUCGCUCGCUGGUGAAAGAACCUGCCAUUUCUGACGGGCGUAUCAGUCCAGGAGAUAAGAUUAUCAGCGUGAAUGGAGUAAACAUGUCGGAAAUGAGCCACGCUGAAGCGGUUGCGUUUCUACGUCGAUGCCCGGACUCGGUCACGAUACGGCUGUUCCGUGACUCGGCCGUUACGCCGCUUUCACCAUUAUCGCCAACCGAGCCAGAAUCGGGAUUGAACCGACCUCGCCCACUCCUCAGACAAGAAGCGCAAGACUUGCUUCACGAUUUAGCAGUGCGCAAGCAAGGUGGUUCACGAGGUGGUUCACCAGCUCCGGCUCUAUCUGGCUCUCCUUGCUCACCCCGUCGUCGUCGACUGACAAAAACACCAAGCCCCGAUUUAGCAACGGUCGUCAAAGAUAGAUUCGGAUCGCCAUCUUCUCAUAAAGACAGUUGCUGCAGUCUCCCUCCCAAUUUCACAACGUCGCCGCCUAUGAGCCCUCUACCUGAAAUGGACAUGGAACGCGAUGCUAUGGCUAAUAGUCUAGAUCUCACGGAUUCAAAUUCAGCAUCGUUCCACACCCCUUCAGGAACGACCAGAGCGUCGCGACCGGAUUUUCUCGACCUCAGCAAUUCGCUGGUGAAGAAGCAACGAUUCAUGUUCACGCCACCCAACGAUCAUCCACCGUCGGGUUUCGAAGAACGUCAAGCGGGUGAUGGGCAACCCGAACCGCCAGUUCUCGACCAGGUCGAACUGGAGAUCUCAGAGUACCUCACCCCGAAUCGAAUGGCCGAUUCGAUCCUUGACAAUUGCUCUAGAAAGAGCUUCAGUGGAUCGUUUUGUAUACGAGACGAUUCAGUAACUGACCAUCCGGCCAUGGGCAGUGUAUUGGAGGAGACAAUGGAUGAAGAAUUUGUCUCUUUCCAAUCGAAUUCGACAAUGGAGCGGUACGCACCGCAGGGGCUGUCUGAUCACGAUCUCAGUAACCGCUUCCCUCUUUGCGACAACUCCGGAGCCAAUCGUGGAAAAGACGGUCUGGUGAAAUGGAAAGGCAUCGUUCUUACGCCGGACGAAGAAUAUGCCGAAGAAGCUCAUCUGGGAUUGAUCCAAACGAUUGAACUUAACAAGGGAUGGAACAGUCGUUUGGGAUUUAGCGUAGGUCACGAUAAUGACGGGCAACUUGUAAUCAGCGCUAUUUACGAUGAAAGUGUUGCAGCUAAAGACGGUCGAUUGAAAGUUGGAGAUCACGUCUUACGGGUCAAUGGCGAGAAACUUGAAGGUUGUCCGAAAGAUUACGUUAUCGAUAUUCUGCGUAAAACGAGAGGUCCAGUUGCUAUUACCGUCCGCAAAAUUGCUUAAGAGACGAUUCUUCUUUUCUCAAAUGUCCCUCUCGUCUUCAUAUUUCGUUCUCUUUUGUCCCGUCCGCGUGCCAAUUUACCUACCAAAUACUGUCUGGAAAAAAAAAUAAGCAAUGUACUAAUCAUGCAAAUGAUAGAUCUUAUACCGGCAUCCAACUCUUUUUCGUGUGUAAAGCCAACCCUUCUCUUCUCGUUUUACCAAAUAGCCUCCAAGGUUUGUCGCACACUUAAUUUAGUGCCAUUACAUAAUCCCUGAUAAAUAGUCCUUAGCGCCGUAAGCGUAUCGGCUGUGGCCUUAAAGAGUGUAUAUGGUUUGUGUGCCUGUACAAAGCAGUUACUAACUUAAUGUAAUGAUCACAAGAUGUCGAACCGGUUUUAAUAAAAGUUUUCUACGAACAUUUUACUUAAGUGUUGUGCAUAGUCAUCCUUUCUGCUCCCUUCGCUUUUUAUGACGAAAUUUAUUAUAUAUUUCUUGUUGAACGAAAUAAAAUGUUUAGUUGAAGAUCA